CGGUCGUGAGAGGCGCUUAUCGUGGUUGCUCGAAAACGUGAAUGUUCGGGGUUUUUUGCAACAUGUUUUAUUGUCAUACAACGUAAAGCUGCAUCUAGAAGACAUCGAAUUAUAAAAGUGUUAAUACACGAAAAGAAGACUCAGUUCUCUGGUGCCGCGAGAGGAAAGGCUGUGUACCAUAGGAUCAUUCUGUGCUGCGCCUGCAUCUCAAUUUUAUUCGCCGCUUUUUUGUAGACUGUCUGAAGCUUUAUUGGAACCGUGCGCCGCUGUUCUUGUGUGGUGAAGUUUUUUUUCUGACAGUCCCGACGUGUUGGACGUCUAAUAAACAAGUCUGAAUAACAUUUCUCAUUUUAACGGCUCAAUCUUAGUCGGGGACUGGAAAUUAAUUUUGUCUUCACAACCACGUAACGCAUGGUGGGAAUUUCUGCCCCUUUUCAGUAUCGCACUGAGAAGCUCUCCACCAUGCCCGACUCACCUGCGGAUGUGAAGACACAAUCCAGGUUGACUCCACCCACCAUGCCACCGCCUCCCACCACGCAGGGCGCCCCCAGGACAAGCUCGUUCACACCCACCACACUAACCAAUGGCACCAGCCACUCUCCGACGGCUUUGAACGGUGCCCCCUCCCCUCCCAAUGGCUUCAGCAAUGGGCCUUCCUCAUCCUCUUCCUCCUCACUGGCCAAUCAGCAGCUCCCGCCUGCCUGCGGCGCCCGGCAACUCAGCAAGCUGAAGCGCUUCCUCACGACGUUGCAGCAGUUCGGGAACGACAUCUCCCCGGAGAUCGGAGAGAGGGUUCGCACGCUGGUGUUGGGCCUCGUGAACUCCACCCUGACCAUAGAGGAAUUUCAUUCCAAACUUCAAGAAGCUACAAACUUCCCUCUACGACCUUUUGUCAUCCCAUUUCUAAAGGCCAACCUACCGUUACUGCAGCGGGAGCUCCUGCACUGUGCACGGCUGGCCAAGCAGAACCCAGCUCAGUACCUGGCUCAGCACGAGCAGUUGCUCCUCGACACCAGUACCACCUCUCCGGUGGACUCUUCCGAACUGCUGCUGGACGUCAACGAAAACGGCAAGAGGAGGACCCCCGACAGAACCAAAGAGAACGGCUUUGACCGGGAGCCUUUGCACCCAGACCACCCCAGCAAGAGGCCCUGCACGAUCAGUCCUGGCCAGCGCUACAGCCCCAGCAACGGGCUCUCCUACCAGCCCAACGGCCUGCCUCAUCCCACACCACCCCCACCUCAGCACUACCGCCUGGAUGACAUGGCCAUCGCACACCACUACAGGGACACCUACAGGCACCCCAACCCCCGUGACCUCAGGGAUCGCGCCCGGCCUCUGGGGAUGCACGGCACUCGACAGGAGGAAGUCAUCGAUCACAGGCUCACUGACAGGGAAUGGGCAGAGGAGUGGAAGCACCUUGACCAUCUGCUGAACUGCAUCAUGGACAUGGUGGAGAAGACCCGGCGCUCCCUCACCGUUCUGCGGCGUUGCCAGGAGGCUGACCGAGAGGAACUCAACUACUGGAUCCGUCGAUACAGUGAUGCCGAGGACCUGAAGAAGGGCAGCAGCAGCAGCAGCAGCCAGUCUAGGCAGCAGAGUCCCGGCAGCCAAGAGGGCUCCACGCCAGAAAUACACAGGGAGUUGCUCCACAGACCCGUAUCAGGAUAUGUGCCUGAAGAAAUCUGGAAAAAAGCUGAAGAGGCUGUGAACGAGGUGAAGAGGCAAGCCAUGUCGGAGCUGCAGAAGGCUGUGUCGGAGGCGGAGCGCAAGGCCCACGAGAUGAUCAGCACGGAGCGCGCCAAGAUGGAGCGCACGGUGGCCGAGGCCAAGCGGCAGGCGGCCGAGGACGCGCUGUCCGUCAUUAAUCAGCAGGAGGACUCCAGCGAGAGCUGCUGGAACUGCGGGCGCAAGGCGAGCGAGACGUGUAGCGGCUGCAACACGGCGCGGUACUGUGGCUCUUUCUGCCAACACAAGGACUGGGAGAAGCACCACCACGUGUGCGGACAGACUCUGCAGGCGCAGCAGCAAGGCGAGACGCCGGCUGCGGUCAGCUCCUCGGCCACGCCCAGCAGCGGUGCGGGUAGCCCGGUGGACACCCCGCCCGUGGCCACGCCCCGCUCCACCACCCCGGCCACGCCCUCCGCCAUGGAAGCCACGCCGCGCUAAAAACGGCUCCCGCUCAUCCCCGUGAAACUCUUUCGCUUUCCACGCCCGCUCAAAGAUUUUAAAAUUUAAGAUGCUUACAAAGAGAGAGGACUGGUCUUGGGAGUGACGGUUAUACGCAGAAGGCCAAUAACGGGUCAUAUUGACUUGCCACGAUUAAGAACACAAAGAUAUUCUUUGUUUUUAUUAUUAAUGUCAUUGUCGUCGCUAUUAAUAUUAUUAUCAUCGUCGUUGCUAUUUUACCUUCCUGUAAAUACAAAGCGGAGCCUGAAGAGUCGGCAGAGAAUUGCAGAUGAGUACAUUUGACCUCCCCUCUGUUCCUUUUUCCAGUAGCUGGGAUCUGAAACUAGUUGACCUCAUUAAAAGAUGCUUUACCAAACAGCAAACCAAGGGAUUACUAAUUGCUGUUGAAAGCAAAAACAGAUAAUGUUCCGUGUGAUGAAGAGACACUGUUUUGAACAAUAUGUGGCGAUUGGAGGUAGGGGGCAGAAAAAAAAACACCACCCCACCACCCCACCUCACCCCACCCCAAGGGCACAAGUGCUGGAUAGGGGACUAUCCCGGGAAGAUGGAUGCCAUACUUGGCUUACUUGACUGAACUCUGAAAACCCCUCAAAGAAACCUGCAGAUGCGCACCAGAUUGCCAUGAAACCCAGAUGUUCACACACACAACCCCCCCCCCCCCCCCCCAACUUCUGAAAGAAGUGUAAUAAUGUCCAGGUCAGUGGAUUGAGGGAGAAGUGAACCUUCAUGGCAGAGGGAUAAGGAUUUGGAGGAACACAGCACUGGAUUGGGGAAAAAAAUAGAAUAUACUUAUUUAUAUUUAAAUAUCAUCCCUUUCAGUUCCAGAACAGGAUGUGAAGUCAUACAGCCUCAGCAAGGCGAGACGAAGCUUCACUUCUAACAUUUUCCGCUCGGAGAAGGCCGGGACAAACGACACAUCCAUGACCAUUUAAGGCCCACCUCAUGGACACUGUUCAGCCCUUUGACGUCCAGUGUGCCCUCAGCCCCUAGCUUUUUCCUCUCUCCGUUUUUUGUUUUCUAAAUAUUUCUCAUGGUGUAAAAAAAAAAAAAAAAAACACU